UACCGAUGGUUUGUAAAAACAAAACAAAUUUAUGAAAAACAAAAAAAAUGGUUUGCGAAAAGUGUGAGGCGAAGCUCACAAAAGUCUCGGCUCCAAAUCCCUGGAAAACUAGUACUGCCCCAGCAGGUGGACGUAAGAUAAAUGAAAACAAAGCGCUAUCCUCGGCCCGAGACCGAUUCAGUCCCAUGGGCACGACCCUGGCACCUUGCCGCAUCUGCCGACAAAAGGUCCACCAGAUGGGAUCCCACUAUUGCCAAGCGUGCGCCUACAAAAAGGCAAUAUGCGCCAUGUGCGGCAAGAAGAUUCUAAACACAAAGAACUACAAGCAGAGUUCUACGUGAUGCAGUCCAUGGCCACACGGCAGCAAGGAGUUUAUACUUAAGACUAGCUUAGUUACAGACAACAUAAUAAUUAUAUCAGAUAAUAGUAACAACAAAUGCAUUAAUAGUUACGUCAGGC